AUGUUCAUAACAUUCAGAUCUAAUGCGAAUAACCAGAGACCUGGUUUUAGAGCAACAUAUAUUUCGCACAGUUGUCGCAGUUUUACAUACGGCGUGACCUCAUGCGACACCAACUGUAAAUGUGUGAGAGAAAACAGCCAGUUCUGUGACAACACCAAUGGCGAGUGUAUCUGUAAGCCUGGCUGGACCAUGAGGGAUUGUUCUGUUGACGUCAAUGAAUGUCUGGGUACCAACAACAAGGUGUGUCCAGACAACUCGGACUGUGUCAACCUGCUGGGCAGCUACAGGUGUGACUGUCACCUGGGAUAUGUGUACAACUCUACAACCAAAACAUGCGAUGCAAGUUCUGAAUGUGUCUUCAAACAAUGUUCCCAUACUUGCUAUGUUGUACGUCCUGGUGUAGAGAAAUGUGUUUGUCCUGAAGGACUGGUGCUUGAGACUGAGACACAGCUUGCAUGUGUUGAGAUUGAGGAAACUAUAUUUUUAUCACUUUGCAACUCUAUAUUGUUUGGAAAAGUGUAUUACCAUCUUUACGAAAACUGCGGCAAAACAGCCAGUCAUAGCUCACCAGAGUUUAGCAAUGUAACAAAGAGAGCGAAAGAAGACAUUGCAAAGUUUCAUGACCUUUCUGGGAUUGAAUUAGAUACAGUUAUGAUUGUCACAUGGGAGAAUGUUCAACCGCCCUCAAGUUCUGUCAAAGAUUCCGAAUUAAACACUUUUCAAGCCAUUGUUGGCAGUGGAUGGGAAACAAUAAAUAAACAAGGACAACAAGGAAAAAUGUUUUGGGAUUAUGUACCAGGAAGACCUGUAGCUAUUGGAAUUGUGGGUAAAAAUAUAAAAUCACUAAAUGACCUGGACACGCCUCUAGUUGGUAACUUGGAUAAAGUACCUGGAAAUACAGGUUUGAAUGGUGUCAUAAGUUUUGAAGUGGGUAAGGUAUCUGGGCCAGACCAGAUGUGUGAGAAAUAUCUGUGUCAACACGCUGACCUGCUGACUGACCCUGUGUACGAGGUUGAGAAACGUCAGCUGUACAAGUGUCCCUGUACACUGGAGAGACUUGGGCGUCAGUGGCAGCUCUAUGAGAGACGUGGGGAGAAACAAGAUGUUUACUGCUACGCCAUCAGCAGUCUGGCUAAGCUCAGGUUGUUGCAGGGGAACAAAAGGAAUAUGCUGUGUUGUUACCAUUGGACAAAACCAGCCAAUGACAAUUGGAGAGACUGGCAACAAUCAUGGCUGGAAGCUUCUUAUAUCCCAGCAUCGCCAGACUCAGGACAUGUUUUGGUUAAUGACCCUUGGCAAAUGGGAUACUUCGAUAACUUUCAGGCUCUAGAAAAUAUACAAGCACACCAAUGGUGUUGUGUAGACUCUAGUCAAGUCAAACUUUGCGACCAGUUUUACCAGAUUUUUCCGGAUAUGGGAUGUUCAAAUUUUGUUGAAUUUGUGCCAGCUUCUGCAUUAGGAGACCCUCACAUUACAACAUUGGAUAGUGUCACUUAUGCUAUGAAUGGACUGGGUAUUUUUACCAUGAUUGAGACACUGGACAAACAGUUUAAUUUACAGGCCAAGACAUCCCAGGCUGAAAGCAGCUCGGGUACACUGACCAAUGCAACAUCUUUUACAGGUUUCGCGGCUAAGGAGUCUAAUGAUACACACUUUCAAAUUGAGCUGUCGGCAUCAAAUACAUCCAUGUUGCUGUGGGUCAAUGGUAUCGAUAUCACAAAUGAUUUCUACAAGAACGUUGACUCAGAUGUUAUUGUGUCCACUAACUCACUCAGUGUCAUCAGGGAAUACAGAAACAAUAAAACUAUAGCGGUGGCCAGUUUUGCCUCAGGUGUCAGCAUUGAAGUGAAUGUUGCUGUGAAAAGUCUGGAGAUUAUGUUUGAAGUCUCUAAGGAACUCCAAAACAAAACUCGAGGUUUGCUGGGAAACUUUAAUGGUAUCAAGACAGAUGAGUUCAUCCUGCCUGAUGGACAAGUUCUUCCAUCAAACUUAAGUGAAAGGGAAAUUUAUUACCAGUUUGCUAAACAAUGGCUAAUGAAUUCCUCCAACUGUGUUUAUAAAUUCGAGCAAGGCAAAACUCUAUCAGACUACCAGCACCCAGAUCACGUGCCCUGGUUUAGAGAUGAAGCUAAUGAGACAGAAGUGGCCAAAGCUGUUGAAAUCUGUGGCAGUAAAAACGACCCGUGUAUCUUUGAUUAUUUGGUGACUGGGGACAAGAGAUUUGCUGCUGCCACUAAAUCCACAGUCGAUGAGAUGGUUGUCAUCGUUCAAAGUUUUGAAAACAACCCUCCAACAAUAGACCUUGAAGAAAACCUGAACAACGGCAGCAGAUGGAAUGUAAAGCAUGGGAUAGAAUCAACUUUACAAGUUCUAGCAGAGGAUGUGGAUGGCGAUGACGUCACAUUUGAGCUGAGCGGAAAUAUUACAAAUGUGAAGGUCGAUAAGAAUGGGGUUAUCACCUACACGCCAGAUGUCACAAUGCCUGUCGUGAUACAAGUUCGUGUGAAAGACUCCAAGGGAGCCUACUCUCCACUGUUGUACAUCCCAGUUAGUGUUUGCCCACUCUGUAGUGUUCAUGGUGUUUGUGAUAUAAAUAGAACAAGGGAGGAAAUUUUUAAUGGAAUGUUCCAGAUCUUUGCCUGUACAUGUCAUCCUGCUUAUACAGGAGUUGAAUGUGAAUCAGAGCUUGAUGCUUGUGCAAUAAAACCUUGCUCCAAGGGACAGAACUGCACAGAUCUAACUGCUGCUGAGCAGGGAAAUAACUCAGUUGGUUAUGUUUGUGGAAACUGUCCUUCUGGUUUUGUUGAUUAUGAACGGACAUGCAUAGAUGUAAAUGAGUGCAGUGAUGAAAGCAUGUGCAGCCAAACCUGUACAAACACUGAAGGCUCUUACAUGUGCUCAUGUAGACCUGGUUACAGGCUGGAUACUGGAGACAAGAAAACUUGCACAGACAUCAAUGAAUGUGAGGAGAGAUCAUCCAAAUGUCAACAGAUUUGUACCAACACAGCUGGCAACUACACUUGUUCAUGUCAGACUGGAUACACCUUAGACAGCAAUGGUCUCACUUGUACUAUAGAUAUGUCUUUAAUAAGUAAAUGCUACGAGUGUGAACAAAUUUGUUAUGUCAACAAUGAUCAGGUCAACUGCAGCUGUAGACUGGGGUUUGAACCUGAUCCUAAAGAUGAGAGAGCUUGUAAAGAUAUUAAUGAGUGUGAAUAUGGUAACAAGCCAUGUAGCCAGAUUUGUGAAAAUCUUAAUGGCACAUAUGAAUGCUCUUGUUAUACUGGUUACAAGCUGGCAGUUGAUGGAAUCUCAUGUCAGGCCUGUGAAAGACCAUACUAUGGACCGAACUGUGCCCAAAUCUGCCAGUGUAGUGGCCAUGGGUCAUGUGACCCUGUCAGAGGUUGUGUCUGUGACAAAGAGUGGACAGGUGACCACUGUGAGCUGGAUGUUGAUGAGUGUGACCAGUCCAACCCAUGUCCAGCUGGUUUUGUCUGUAAAAACAGAAUUGGCUCAUACACCUGUGUCUGUGCUGAGGGCUACAGGUUAACUAAUGGAAUCUGUACAGACAUUGAUGAAUGUAAAGACAUUUUUGUAAACAAAACUUGUGACAAAGUGCUGGAGGUUUGUGUCAAUACAGUUGGUAGUUACAGAUGCGAGUGCAAGAAAGGAUUUGCCAGAAAUUCUCUAGCAAUUUGUCAAGAUAUUGAUGAAUGUUUGACCAAAGCUGAUGAAUGUGAACAGGUGUGUGAAAACAAACCUGGGUCUUAUAAUUGUUUAUGUCAACAAGGCUACACAUUGGCAGAUGACCGCUUGUCAUGUAUAAAAGUGAGAGACCCAUGUCAAGAAUUUCACCUAAACUGUAGCUAUGGCUGUGCUGUGGAUGUAGAUAACAAACCUUUCUGCUACUGUCCUAGAGGAUACAGACUUACUGGACCAGAUAAUUGUGAAGACAUCAAUGAAUGUGAGUCAGAUGAAUACAACCACUGUUCAAACAAAGAUGGAUGUGUAAACACUAAUGGCAGCUACACAUGUUCUUGCCAGGCAGGAUUCAAGCUGGACAAUGAUGGCCGCUCUUGUAUUGCCUGUAGUGGAGAAACCUGGGGCAUUCAAUGUUCUCAGUCUUGUCGCUGUGGGUCAGGGACAGAUCACUGUGAUGCAAAAGUUGGUUGUGUCUGUAAACAGGGGUACACAGGAAAAUACUGCACUGUUGACAUUGAUGAAUGUAGCAGUGGAAAUUUAACUUGUGAAGCUAAAGAAAAAUGUGUUAAUCUGCCUGGAUCAGCGACCUGUGAGUGUCAAAAUGGCUACAUCAGAACAGAUGGAAAUUGUCAAGACAUGAAUGAAUGUGAGAUGGUGUCAACCAACAAUUGUAGUCAGGUGUGUACCAAUAUAGAAGGAGGGUUUACCUGUUCAUGUUAUGCUGGGUACACAUAUGAUACAGCAACACAGGUGUGCAAAGACAAAAAUGAGUGUGACCAAAAAAUAUCCCAGUGUGAACAGACUUGUAUCAACACAGAAGGAAGCUACAGAUGUUCCUGUCUAUCUGGUCUGUACCUCCAGCAAGAUGGACUCACAUGUAAAGACGUGAAUGAAUGUGAGAUGAUGUCAACCAACAAUUGUAGUCAGGUGUGUACCAAUAUAGAAGGAGGGUUUACCUGUUCAUGUUAUGCUGGGUACACAUUUGAUACAGCAACACAGGAGUGCAAAGAUAUAAAUGAGUGUGACCUAGGAUUAUCCAGAUGUGAGCAGACUUGUAUCAACACAAAUGGAAGCUACAUAUGUUCCUGUCUAUCUGGUUUUUUCAUUCAUCAAGAUGGACUCACAUGUAGAGCAUGUAAUGAGGGCACUUGGGGGAUAGGGUGCACCAACACAUGCAACUGUGUCACAUCUAACACCCGAUUUUGUGAUAAAAAAUCUGGCGACUGCCAGUGUAAGAGUGGGUGGAAUGGCAGCAGGUGUGAAGAAGACAUUGAUGAGUGUGAAUUCUCUGGUGUCUGCCAUGAGAACUCACAUUGUAUCAACACACCAGGAGACCAUGUUUGUUCUUGUGAUGAUGGCUAUGUCGACAAUAAUCAGACCUCUUGCCAAGAAAUUAUAAAGCAUGAAGUGACCAUGACUUUCAAAUAUGAUGUGACCAAUGUAGAUCUUCAAGACAAAAACUCAGAUGACUACAAAAAACUAAAAGAUAAUGUUGAAACUGAAAUGCUGAAUAUUUUAGAACAGGGCAGUUCUGUUGUAUUUUACUUUAAUGUGACCAGCUUGAGAAGAGGCAGCUUAAUUGUUGAUGCUGAUGUAAAAUUGUUAAGACCUGAAGACAAUAUCCCAGGUUUUUGGCUUGAAACAGCCCUACAGUCUGUCAUGGAGUAUGGCAUCACUAUUAAUGGCGAGAUAAUUUAUCUACUUCAUUCAACUAUUGACAACAUUCCUGUGCCAAUCUUAACAUGUGAAACAAGAGACAAAGUAAAACCUUGUAAACAAAAUGAAGAAUGUUCAAUAGAGAACAAUGAAGCAGUUUGUAGAUCUACAGCUGAAGAUUAUACUAAACUAAUCCUCGGAUUAGCUAUUGGCUUAGCUCUGUUUGCUGUGUUGUGUGUUGUUUUAGGACUUUUAGUUUGUAGAUACACCCGAAGGUUGAAAUCAGGCAGAAUAGUGAUAAACAAAAAGGAAUCUCUGAGGUCUGACCUGAUGUAUCAUGAUAUAUCCAAUGAGUAUCCACCAGCAUCUGCUUCAACCAAGACUAAUUCUGAUUGA